GAACGCGUCGCGUCGCGUAGGGAUUCCUAAGGAUUACCCGGCGUGCCCCGCGGGAAAGAUGGCGCUGAACGGGAGAGGAUGGAGAUAACUUUUAUCUGAAAUCUGGAACAGCGGAUAUCCACACCUGCCAUCUGCGGUAACACUUUAACUCCUCGCCCAGAGAUAGCGGCGAGAGGACGCGGGAUCGGCGAUCGCUCCUGACGGCGCGAGCAAGGAUAUUUUAGCCGCCGUUAGCAAGAGUGUUAGCCAGCGAGGAGAAGAAGGAGAAGGAAAAGCGGGCAAAGUUUAUUCAGUUUGAGCAGGACUCAAGACUGAUCGACACCAAACUCUGGAUUUAACUGCGGAAAAUUACCGGAGACAGGUCAUCGAUAGCCCUGAGGUGCACAUGCGGAGCGGGAGGACGAGGAGCGAGACGAGCGCUAGAUUGAGUUUCCGGAGGGACCCAUUGGGGCGAUGAGUCUAGAGAAGACGGCAUCACACGCCAGAACGCUCCGGGCCUAAGGACCUGUGAAUGAGGACACCGCUGAAAACGGCUCCAGUUUCGGGACUAACGGACAGUGUAUGGAAGCACACUGAUCUUCCAGAAUGACGAGUGCUGCACCCGCCCGGAAACCGUACCGAAAGGCACCUCCGCAGCACCGUGAGACACGUCACACUGUGCCAGUAUUUCGAGAGGAUGUUAGCGGGAGUGCCUUGCCAUCCAUCAACCCUGCAACGUCAGCCCAGCCUGACCCCUGCCAGGAGUCCUUAUCAGAUGCCGACAGGAUCAAAAUCCUGCAGCAGCAAAAUGAAGACCUCCGUCGGCGACUGUCCCAGACCACGCAUAAGAUGGAGGCCAUGGAGACGGAGUUCGAAUCCAGUCGACAUUACAUGCAGGCAGAGCUGGGCCGAACUAGAGAUGACCUGGAGAAAAUGAGAGACAAGUUCAGAAGACUUCAGAACAGCUACACGGCGUCUCAGAGAGCUAAUCAAGACCUGGAGGAAAAACUUCACGCCCUGCUCCGUAAAGUGGAAAGAGACAAGAAAACCAUGGAUCAAGAGAUAGUGGAGCUCACCAAUAAACUUGUGGACGCCAAAAAUACUAUCGACAAGCUGGAGGAGCUGAACGAACGCUAUCGGCAGGAUUGUAAUCUGGCUGUGCAGCUGUUGAAGUGCAAUAAAUCGCAUUUCAGGAACCACAAGUUUGCUGAUUUGCCAUAUGAGCUACAGGAUAUGGUGAACAAGCAUAUGAAGAGCAGCUUGCCCAACAAGACGCCGGGCCCUCAGGGAGCUCAAGCCCAGGAUCCUGACACUCUAAGCCUGACUCCUGCAGAUGUAGUGCCCACUUCAGUCAUUGCUCGUGUUCUUGAGAAACCCGAGCCCCUGGUGCUUAACUCGGCUCAGUCUAGCAGCAGUGCAGGUCGGCCAGUGGCUGAGGAUGUGUUUGUACACGUGGACAUGACAGGACCACAAGAUGAUGGUGGAGGGCGUGAAAAUGGUGGUCCUGUUCAUGCUAGGCCUCCUGCAGUAGCUGAUACUGACCAGCAGCAUGUCAAUGGCAUGUGUCGAAGCCAGGGAAGCCUUGAUGGUCCUACAGGAGAUGAUGGCGCAGCACCCUCCUUUGAGAAACUGAAUCCUUACCCUACUCCUUCACCACCAAACCCGCUCUACCCAGGUCGCAAAGUGAUUGAGUUUUCGUCUGAUGAUAAAGUCAAGAUCCCUAAGAACAGCCCACUGCCCAAUUGCACCUAUGCUACUCGUCAGGCCAUUUCUCUGAGUCUUGUGCAGAAUGAAGAAGAGGCAGCCGAUCGCCAGCGCACAGUGCCUAAUAGCCCUGCUAUAUCUGAUGGGGGUUGGCGAUCUGGGACCUCCUCAUCAUCCGGUGGAGGGAUUGCAUCUCAGCAGAGGACACCUCCACAGAUGGAUGCUACAGACACGCUCUCCAGUCAUUCAAGUCCCUUUAGCAGCCCCCCUCAGCCGCCCAGCGCCUUUGCCAGUUCUGGAAGCUCCGAGGAGGACCUACUAGCCAACUGGCAGCGCAUGUUUGUUGAAAAAAUGGCCCCAUCUUCAGAUGGCUCCCUUGUCAACCGCACAUCCUUCAGCAGUGAGACGGUAAAAGAUCUCCAAAGAAGUCAUAAUGGAAAAUCAGGAGUUGGUGCUCUGAGAGGUGCUUACUCUGAUGGUGAGGAAGGAUCCUCAGCUCAGAGCUGGACAGCAAGUAGAGAGUCAAGUUUGGACACAGACACUAGCAGCUUGGCGGACCUCCGGGCAAAGAAGACACAAUAUGGUGGUGACUUUUCCCAUGAAGAAGGCGAACACCUUCUGAUGGCUCUUGAUCCACUUGAUAAUGAUGGUGCUAGUGGUGACACCAUGGUCACUAUUGAGAGCAGUCCCGCCUCUGCGAAGCGUCAAGAGUUUGCAGAAGAUGCUGGAUCGGCGGGAAGUUCAGCUGAAGAGCGAGAUGUCCUUCCCCAGGACUUUCCUGUCAUUGGCUCGAGGGUUGUUUCUGCCCUUGAGGAUUAUGCAGAUAAGCCCCCUCGGACUGGCUCCUCACGACCUCUGAAGAGUCCCAAGAGGAUGGGGGUUCAUCACUUGCACCGCAAAGACAGCCUUACCAGAGCCCAAGAGCAUGGCAACUUGCUAGACUGAGACUUCCAGACGUUUUUUCCUCCUUUUUUCUUUUUCAUUUUAACCUCGAGUGCUCUUCGUCUUACUAGCAAUCACUAGUCAUAGCAGCACACAACAAGUGGAAGGGAUGGGAUCAGGCUUGAUGCGGUUAUCCCAGAGUAUGCUGCUGUUGCUACUCUUCUGUCCUCUUUUUAAGGCACGGAGCACUCUUUAUCUCUGGAACCUACAGUAUUGAUGGGAUCCACGGAGAGGUGCCGGCUGCACCUUCUGUUAGUCCGGCUAUUUUGAGCGGACAGUGCUUCAGGGAUAAUAUAAGAAUGUCAUAGCCUGUAUUAAGGUGGAUUUCACCAGUUCAAGCCUUGCUUCUGCUUGAUGCGCAAUGAUUGAGUGGGCGACAGCAGUACACAGCCAUACAAUCACACCUCCGAAAGAGAAAGAGUUCUUCAGAGGCGACAAGAUUGAGCAGCAUUAGAUGUGAUCCUCAUGGCACUGUGCGGACAUGGAACAUUUCAAAUAAUGGAUGUUUUGACAUUUACUUUUGCCCUCGGGUGAGAGUUGUCUACCCAGAUAAUGAUAUCUAUUCAGUAUCCCAGUACAAGCCCCUUGUUUCGGGAGAUUGGGAUGGCACCGACGGUCACAGCUUCACAGAUACCACUGUGUCAGGCAUUCUGCUGAUUGAAGCAGGUUAAAUGUAAUCUAUGGGACUCUCUUGUCAAUUUUCAGUGCCUAACCCUUGCUCUGACAGAGGGGGCUCUCCAUCACCCUUUAAAUGAACAUCUUUUUCCUUUAGUCGGCUUUUAGUCAUCAUAAACUGAGAGGAUCCUUCACCUCAGAUGUUCAGUUGCCUCUCUUUAAUUCCUCACCCAAACCUAAGGACAGCUUUUAGUACUUUCAUAAACCACUUAUGAAAGGAUUUUAAUUUUGAUGUAUUCCAUAUGUUUUAAUGAUCAAGUACUCGGAUAUACUUCCUGAUUUCAUUCUGUUUCGUUUGACUAAUGAUAUUUAAGACGGAUUAUGUUUUCAAGUAAACAUUUUGUGUAUUUAUUUGUCUUUCGCUGGUCUAAAAUGUCCCGUCACUUGCAACCCAAAGCAGUUAAGUAGAAGUGUAAAGAAGUGCGCAGGUUACUGAAUCCUGAAAUUAAACUAAAUGAAGGUAUGCAAUCUAUUACAUCAGUUAUUACACUGUAGUAUGCACCUCAAACAGUGCUGUAUUUGGAAACAUUUUCAAAAGUCAGUAUUUAAGAGUUAAAUAUUACACAAGUAAGGCAGAAACAUUUGGAUUUGUUGGAUACUUUGAAACAUAGCAAAGCAUUCUGUCUCUUCUGAUAACCAGUGCUUAAAUUGUGCCAGAUCCGGCAGCUCAUUUUACCAAUUUCCCUCCUCAUCACACGAACCCUCUCCACAACUGCAACUUCUUCCGCAACUCCCCAACCCUCUUCACUUUCGUCUGUGACACCCCCAUAUCCCCCCAAACCCUCCCUCUUCACUUUUGUCCGCGACACCCCAUUCCCCAACCCCCCAGCGAAUCACUUUCAUUUGCGAUACAUCUCCCUCCUCUGGUAACAUGCCAGAUCCGUUACCCCGAUCUCUUCCGGGACCUCACAAUUUAUUUAUUAAGCCCUGCUGAUAUUUUACUGAUCCCCCUCCUCAUCGCAUGAACCCCCUCAGCAACUACAACUUCUUCCGCGACUCCCCAACCCUCUUUAGUUUGUCCGUGACACACCUUCCCUUCCCCACUCUUCACUUUCGUCAGCGACAUGGCUCCCCUCCCCCACUCUUUACUUUCGUCCGCGACACAGCUCCCCUCCCCCACUCUUCACUUUCAUCCACGACACCUCAGCCUCUUCUGGUAACAUGCCAGAUCCGUUACCCCGAUCUGUUCCAGGACCUCGCAAUUUACAAAUUAAACACUGCUAAUAACGUUCUGAUCUUGCACACAGUUGACGGGGAAAAAAAGAUGAGCUAAAAUACUGAAAUUUCAGCCAGAAAUAUGUCUUUGAUAGAAUGGCGCUGAAGCAAACACAUUUUAUUUCGCAUUUUUCAUCUCAGAUAUAAAGGAAAGCCAUGUUUUGAUCUUAACGAAUGUAAUCGUCUUUUAUGUAGCAUUUGUUUUUCUUUGGUUCCUCACUAUAACUGAUCAUACUGCUGUAUGGCUGUCUUUUUAAGGGGAAUGUGCACCCCACCAUCAUUUAGUGUGUUUUUUUCUGUGUGUAUUUUCUGUGUGGAAAUCUGAACUGUCCUGAUUACGUGUGGAAAUCUGAACUGUCUUGAUUGUGGAUGAUCAGUCUGUCCAGCUGUUUGUUUGUUUUUAUUUGUGUUCAUCUUAAAUUUUCAUUAUUUCAAGCUUUGUUCAGAUAGCAUUUAUCAGCUUUUCUCAAAUGAGUUUCAGAUGCAACCACUGAAAGCAUCCUCGUUCUUUUGUUUUUGAUGAAUAUAUUUUAGAGACGAUUAAACUCUGUGUUGCCUUUUUAAA